CUCGACUGCCAUCUCAGCACCUCGGGGUGCUGCCCCGGCCCUGGGACCCCACACCAAGGCAGGAUGGAGGAUUUGGAUGCUUUGCUGGAAGAACUGGAGCAGAGCUCCUGCCUGGCCUCCAAGGAGCGUGCUCUGCAGGGACCAAGCUCCUGCCAGGAUGCCCAGCACGGUACCCUGAAGGUGCCGCUGCCACCUCGAGCUCAGCCUCCAGGAGAAGGUUUGGAUUCAGUGUACAGCACCCCUGUACCAGUCCCAAAGCCGCUGCUUCCCUCACCCCCACCCACGGAGGCCGCCUGGCAACUGGACGAGCUCCUGGCCGACCUGGGCCACACACAGAGCAAGCUGGCAGCUGCAGGGCAGGGAGCCAGGGUGCCCAUGGAGUCCUUGCUGGACAACAUGCUGGACAGCCUCACCCGGGACCUGCAGGAGCUGGGAAUCACGGCCGCACCUGCCGGCAUCUGCGCCACCUGCCGCAAGCCCAUCGCUGGCAAGGUGCUCACAGCCCUGGGCAAAACCUGGCAUCCCGAGCACUUCACCUGUGCCCGCUGCGGGCAAGAGCUGGACAAGGGGCCCUUCUUUGAGCAGGGCGGGCAGGCGUUCUGUGAGGAGGAUUAUCACCAGGCCUUCUCCCCGCGCUGUGCCUACUGUGCCGGCCCCAUCCGCGAGAAAGUCCUCACGGCCCUGGAGCAGACCUGGCACCCCGAGCACUUCUUCUGUGCCCACUGUGGGAAGGUGUUUGGAGAUGAGGGAUUCCUGGAGCGCAACGGGAAGCCGUACUGCCACCAGGACUUCCUGGCCAUGUUUGCCCCCAAAUGCCAGGGCUGUGAGCGCCCCGUCACGGACAACUACCUGUCGGCCCUGCAGGGUGUCUGGCACACCGAGUGCUUCGUGUGCACGGAGUGCCUGACUGGCUUCACCGGUGGGUCCUUCUUCGAGCUGGAGGGACGGCCCUACUGCGAGCUGCACUUCCACCAGCGGCAGGGCACCAUCUGCCACGGCUGCGGCCGCCCCGUCACCGGGCGCUGCAUCACGGCCGCGGGGCGCAGGUACCACCCCGAGCACUUUGUCUGCGCCUACUGCCUGGGCCGGCUGCACAAGGGCACCUUCCGCGAGUGCGGCGACAAGAUGUACUGCCAGCCCUGCCACGACAAGCUCUUUGUCUGAGCCCCAGCUGCCCAGCACACAGCCUCCAUGCCUGGAUGUCCACAGUAUUGUCCCCACCAUCAUCAUGCCUAGCAUUGUCCCUGCUGACCCAAACACGCCUCGUAUGCCACCCAUCAACAUCCCUGGAGCUGGUUCUGCUCAGCCAACUGCCCCCAGCCUUGCUGCUGCCAGGCAUCAUUCCUUGUUCCCAUCCCUGCACGACAUCGCUGGCACUGCCCCUUGGA